AUACAGAUUUACAAUAGCUUUUCAUGGAGAAUUUAUGGAAUACAAGAAAGGGAUCUAUUUGAUACCUACCCCUAGAUAUAUUGGCAGUUUUCCUUAAACUAUCCAGUUUCUCAUCUGUAGCUUUUUUAUUUUGUAUACUGCAUGUUCCCAAGCAACUCAGAUUUGCAAACACAACUGUGGAUACACUGUUUGCUUUACAGUAUGUUACCUGGUAAUCUAGGUCUCCGUUUUCUGUUAUUUUCCCUUCCCUCCACUUAUUAAUCAUACAUAACUAGCAGCAUUUAUAGUUAUAGUUUGAUUUACAAGUUCCUAAAUCUGUGGUGGAUGGUUUGUAGCCUCUAGGCUGAAGCAAAAGAAUGAGUAAUCAGGAACUGGUCACUUUGAAUGUGGGAGGGAAGAUAUUCACAACAAGAUUUUCUACCAUAAAGCAGUUUCCUGCCUCUCGGCUCACACGAAUGUUAGAUGGCAGAGACCAGGAAUUGAAGAUGCACGGUGGCCAGAUUUUUGUGGACAGAGAUGGUGUUUUAUUUAGUUUCAUCUUAGAUUUUUUGAGAACUCAACAGCUUAUUUUACCUACUGAUUUUUCAGACUAUCUUAGGCUUCAGAGAGAGGCUCUUUUCUAUGAACUUGAUCCUCUAGUUGAUCUCUUAAACCAAGAACUCCUGCUACAGCCAAGACCCGCUCUUGUGGAGGUGCGGUUCCUAAGCCGAAACACUCAAGCUUUUUUCAGAGUGUUUGGCUCUUGCAGCAAAACAAUUGAGAUGCUAACUGGGAAGAUUACAGUGUUUAUAGAGCAACCUUCAGCGCCAACCUGGAGUAGUAACGCUUGCCCUCCUCAGACGACCUUACUUCCACUGCCUCCACAAAGACCUUCUUACCACGACCUGGUUUUCCAGUGCGGCUCGGACAGCAUUACUGAUAACCAAACCGCAGUCAGGUAUGUUUCUAUACAACCUGAUAACCGAAAAUUGGCCAAUGGAACUAAUGUCCUCGGCUUACUCAUUGACACUUUAUUAAUGGAAGGCUUCCAUCUGGUCAGCAGCAGAACAGUGUCCUCUGAAGACAAAACCGAAUGCUACUGUUUUGAAAGGAUAAAAAGGCCUGAAGCUCUUGCCAUAAACAAAACAGUGAAACCUGAGGCUACCAUCAUGCCAGAGCAAUAUCAGAAAAAGAAAUGAGGUUUUUUGUUCUCUUUUAGAGUAAAGGGAAAUUGCUAUUUUCUUGUAGGGAGAUUCCAUAUUUAAGGCAUCUGUGUUAGUCAAAUAUGUACUCAGCCUAACUUUUUGGCCUUAUCUCCUUUCAUGCCAUCUCUAGGCAGCCACACCUCAACAAUGCUUAAGCCACUCCAACUGCUGCUUUCUGAACAAUACUGUGCAAUUGGUACUUUGGCACAUAUUCUUUCUACCUUCAGUCCCUCUUUACAUUUCUCUUUUUCUUGAACAUUUAUACAGCUUUCAAGAAUGGGCUCUGGAAUCAUACUGAUUGAUUUCUAAUCCCAACUUAAUCACUUAUAAACUGUAUGACUUGGGCAAGUCA